AUAAACAGUCCACGGCAAUAUGUCAAAUUGGUCAUCAUGACACAGCAAUCAAAAUGUUUCGGUUAAAGGGGGCUAGAUAAAUUCAAUUUGUAUUUAGGCAAAUGCUCGGAGGUAGCCAAAGCUGCCAAGUUUUGUGAUGUGCUUGGAGUCACUGUUGGGCUACGUGCAGACUGAAACCAUUCUGGUGGUGGAAUGGGCAAAAUGCGGAGAGGGCCUUAUAUCAGUGGUGCCGACAGUUCUCUGGGCAAUAGGGUCCGCUGCGCUGGCGCACCGCCUGCUGACCAUGUUGUUCCGAAGAUUCGUGUUUAGAAGAGUCCCGCUCUGGGAAGUUAUGUUGCAGAACCUACUGUUUGUUUGGAUGGUAAUAUAUAGCCUGCAGUUCUGGUUUGUCCUCGUAAGAUUUCUAAAAGCGCUUGUGGACUAUUGGUAUGAGGAGGAUGACCAAAGCAUGGCAUUUGAGGAGGAGAUGGAAGGUCGGAAGCUGAUGCAGCAAUGGAUGAUCUGGAUGUGUGGCGCGGCGCCGCUGGUCAGCUACCUGCAGACGCGGCCGCGCGCGGAGACCCCGCCCCUCAUGAUCUGGAUAACAACCAGUCCGUGGCAGCGUCGAGAGAUGGGGCCCUACGGGUACUACCUGAACCGUCCCCUGGCGUCCCUGCAGUCCUCCACGGACGUGCCGGUGAGGCAGCACGUGAUGGCGCUGCGCAGGGCAUUCAGCGACUCCAAGAUCAUUAUCAGGGAGCCGCCCAAAAAGAAGCGGUACUCCAAAUCUGUAUAGUCGUCAUUAAAUGUGAAUUAUGA